UGGUGCACUGCAGUGUGUGAUUUUGGAGUGACUGGCCCUCCGUUUCCAUGACGACAGUGGCUGACAGCUGGAUGACUGCAGGCGGCGGCCAGGCCGGGAGCUUCACUCUGCGGCGCUCCUCCGCUGGAAGAGGCCGAGGCCCGAGGCCGUUGUUUUCUCCCGACAGAGGAAGUUACUUGUGCGAGGGGCGGAGUGGGUUCAGGGUCAUCGCCGCCCUGGUGAAUGAAACAUGACUUCACCCCCUAUUGCAUCAUUAAGAUGGGGAGAAAUGAAAGUUGAGGGCAGUGACACUUUGUACAAGGAUUGUAAAGUCUGGCCAGGAGGAAAUCGAACAUGGGACUGGCGAGAGACAGGUACUCGGCAUAGACCUGGAGUUCAGCCAGCUGAUGUUAAUGAAAUUAUAAAUAAAGGUAUCCAGAUAAUUGUUAUUGGAAGGGGAAUGGAGGAGGCAUUACAAGUGCCUGAAGAGACACUGGCUUUCAUCAGAAGUAAGGGCAUUAAUGCUCUGGUUCUACAAACGGAGAAAGCUGUGGCACAGUAUAACAAACUGGUGAAAGACGGGGUUGCUGUUGGAGGAAUCUUCCAUUCAACCUGCUGAAGGAUCCCGCUAAUGCCCUUAAUGACUUGAUCUUACCGCAGGAGAAUAACUCGCUGUGUUUGGAUGCCAAGUUUAAGCAUUCUUUUAUAAUUUUUUUGAUAUGAAGCAAAAUUUAUAACAACUGUGAACUAAAAAGUACAGCAGAUAUUAAAAGAUGUGUGAACAUUUAAUGCAGUUCAUUAUUCCAUAACUUCUACUUCAAAGAUUGGAUGGGCAGUCAUGAAGCAUUGUUUAAUUUCUAUUUUCUGUUUGAAUGGCUAAUAAAACAUUCCAUAUUGCCUGCUGCUAAAACUUCUGUUGAACUCUCUGUCACGUCUAAUGACUUUUUCAUGUAUUGGAUUAUAAUUGAUGAUAGAAACUUGGGAUAUUUUCACAUAUAUAUCUUAGUAUACUCAGAAGUAGUGUUUAUUUUUAAAUGGAAGAUUCCACUGGGUGUAGAAUUGAUUCUCUGGUACUAACAUAACCAAAUGACCUAAAUUUCUUUCCUGCAAGCCACUGGUAAUUUGAAAAUCAAUGAAUCAACUACUUGCUAACUGUCCUCAUUGAUAAACACCAACUGUGGCCUAGGUAACUAGUUUCACAAAAUAAAUCGUAUGGAUUCUGAUACAUCAAGACUAGAGUAAGUUCUCUGACAGUAAUUAUCAGCAAACCAUUCAUUAAGAACCGAACUGAUAAAGCUGACAGCAUGAAACAUUACCUAAAUGAAGCCAAAUAAGAUCCAACAACAGUCUUAUUCCACAGUUGUACAUAUACCAUCUCACAACCAAAUUGUAAAUAAUGACACCUAAAGCAUCACAAUUUAGAAACAUAGAAAACCUACAGCACAAUUCAGGCCUUUCGGCCCACAAAGCUGUGCCGAACAUGUCCCUACCUUAGAAAUUACUAGGCUUACCUAUAGCCCUCUAUUUUUCUCAGCUCCGUGUACUUAUCCAAAAGUCUCUUAAAAGACCCUAUCGUAUCACAAUUUAAAUGAUUCUGAGGUAGGAACAUUACUGAAUGCUAUGUCACUCAAUGCUGCCCGUAUAAGUUAUUUUACAUUUAAUAUAUGUAAUUCAAUAGUCAUGAUUAGUUAUGGUUACUUAAACGGUCAACAGGAGGAGGAGUCUCCAAGAAUAUCCUUAUCCUCAACGUUGCUGAAGCCCAGCAAAUGAACGCCGAAGUCAAAGCAUUUGCAAUCAUCUUCAGCCAGAAGUGGACAGCCCAUCUUGUCUUUCUCCUGAGGUUGUUUCCAUAACAAAAGUCUGUCUUCAACUAAAUUAAUUCGUUCAAUAUGAUCUCAAGCAAAGCCUGUGGGUCCCAAUAAUAUCCCAAUUAUACUAACUAAACUUGUACUCUAGAAGUAGUCACACUGCUAGCCAGGUUGUUCAAUUAUAGUUAUGACACUGGUAUCUAUCCAGAAAUAUGUACCUGUCCACAAUGAGUAGAGCAAACACAAUCAAGCUAGUUACUGUCCCAUCAGUCUACUCUCAUUAUCAGCAAAGGACUUCAGUAAGGCCCUUGUUAAGGUAGCACGCAGGAGACUUGUCCAAAACGUUAAAGCUCAUGGGAUCCAGGGCAAGUUGUCAAAUUGGAUCCAAAAAUAGAUUGGUGAUAUGGGACAGAAGGUGAUGUUGGAGUGUUGGUUUUGUCAUUGGAAGAGUGGUAUACCAUAGAGAUUGGUGUUUGGACCCUUAUUGUUUGUAAUAUCUGGAGGUGAAUGUAAGAGGUAUGAUCAGUAAGUUUGCAGAAAAUUGGUGGUGAUGUUGAUCGUGAGAUGGAUAGUCUUGGGUUAUUGAUCAGUUAAAUGGGCAGAAUAAUUUCAGAUGGAAUUUAGUUCUGAUAAAUGUGAGGUGAUGCACUGUAGGAAGAAUAAUAAGGAUAGGACAUAAUAAAUGGUAGGGCCUUAAGGAGUAUUGAGGAACAGGGGGACCCUGGUGUAUAUAUCCAAGGGUUCCUGAAAGUGGCAGGACAGGUAAAGUGAAGAAAAGGGGGUACAGGAUACUGGCCUUCAGUAGCUGGGACAUAGAAUAUAAGAGUAGGCAGGUUUUGGUAUAACUUUGUUAGAUGUUGGUUAGGCCACAAUUGAUGUUCUAUGUGCAGUUCUGAUCACCACACCAACAGAAGAAUACAAUUGCACUGGGGGUGCAGAGGAGACUCACCAGGAUGUUGCCUGGAAUGGAGCAUUUCAGUUAUGAGGAGAGACUGGAGAAGCAGAAUUUGUUUUCUUUGGAGUAGAGGAGACUGAUGGAUACCUGAAUGAGGUAUACAAAAUUAUGAUGAGCAUAGAUUGGGUGGAUAGUAGGAAAUUUCCCCCUUACAGAAGUCUUGAAAUCUAGAGGACAUAGGUGUAGAAUAUUGGGGAAGAAAUUUAGAGGGUGAUUGGGAUCUGGAAUGGACUUCCUGAGUAGUUGAUGGAAGUAGGUACUUUCACAACAUUUAAGAAGGAUCUAGAUGAGCGUUGAAUUGGCAAGCCACAGAACACUACAGACCAACUUUUGGUAAAUAGGAUUAGUAUGGAUAGGCAAUUGAUGGUCGACAUGGACGUGAAUGGACUGUUUCUGUGCUGUAUGAAUCUAUGAAGGAAGGUGUAAUCAAUGAUACUAUCAAGUGACACAAAUAAUUUGCUCAGUUUGGGUUUACUGCCAUAAAAGUGUUCACUUGCUAGUUAAGAAAUCUCUGUAACCAGGCAGAUGAAGAGUCGGAAUUUUGGGAAAUGGCCUGUGGUUUGUAGAUUAUAUGCUUUCGGCUGUGACAACUGUAAGUGAUCUUCUCUUGAAUCUUUUUCUGGUACAUGUGAAACACUGCUACAGAUGAAGGUAACCUCAGAUUAGAAAACAGAAGAUACUUUCAAAAUGUGAAAGCUUAUCAUUUCAAAUAGUUAACCACGAUAUUGCCCCAUUUUCAGAAAGUAAAAUAUUUUAUAAAUCAUUUUUUUUUCCAAAUGAUGUGUCUGUUGGUUUAUCCAGAAAGACUUGCUCAAAAAAUAAAUUGCUGUGUCUAACAAUAUAAUCUGUACCAUCUGUCUUGACUGAAUUUUAGCAAUCAAGUGUUAACUGUAUCCUGAUCUCUGUUCUCCAUUCAUAUCUAACUUGGGUGGCAAUUUGUCCCAGAUUGUAGUACUCUCGACUCAAUGAGAAGACUGUGGCUUUAAAACCCACUGUGGAUUAAGCAUGAAAUUAGGAUGGUGCCUCAAUGGAGGAUUAAUGAAGUACUGUCGAAGAUACAAGAGUAGAAAUUUGACCACAAUUGGUUGUGCUAAAUGUACAAUUUCAUAGCUACUCUGUGCUUCCAAAAUGCAGCUCAUUUCUUUCCAAAUUCAGCUCCAUUGAAGUCAGAGUAUAAUACUCGGUGCCUGUAUGUCUUUUCCAAGCGACAGAGGAUGAGUUUCUAACCAGUCGUCUUUCUGAUGAAAUGUUAAACUGAGUCCCAUUCUGUCUGCUUAGGAAGAUGUAAUUGAUCAAGAACAGAAAAUUCUGUCCAUGUCCUAAGCAAUAUUCCUUCCUCAAGCAAAAAUGCAGAAAAUAUCUUUAUUGCUUUUGUAUUCUUUAUUAAGUACCUUAUUAUUUUAACAACCGUACCAGCUUAUUUCGUAUUCUGUACAAAAAUCCUCAGGUCAAAUUUUUCCUGCACUCCCAUUAAAAUUGGGCCAUAUAAUUUAUCUUUUGCAACCUUAACACUGCCAGACCUGACAUUAUGCUGAAUUUGUAAUCAUCUAUUAUCUGCUUUUUUUUGAACAUUCAUUCAAUAUGGCAUCUAAAUAAUUGUGUUCCAGUAAUUUUUCUGCAGCAUUCUGUAUGGAAACUUGAGCUCCUUUGCUGUGUGCCUAUUAUUAAAAGUUGUUUUCUUUAAUCAUUAAAGGUUGUGUGCAUCACUGAAGGGCCAACGACCAUUGCUCAUCCCUAAUUUUCCUUGAACCACGGUCCUUAUAGUUAAUGCAUCCAACAAUGAUAUUAACGAAUUAACCCCUUGUGUACCAUUUGCUGUCUUACAUAUGAACCUUCUUUUGAAAGCGAAUCC